AUGGAUUCACAGGACGUCUACGACUACAUUGUCUGCGGAGGAGGCACUUCAGGAUGUGUGGUCGCAGGUCGUCUCGCCGAGAACCCCGAUGUCAAGAUCCUCGUUAUUGAAGCCGGCCAGCAUAACCGCGAUCUGGAAAAUGUACACAUGGCAGGAGGCUGGUCAAAUAAUUUCGACUCCGAGACGGACUGGAACAUCGUCACCCCUCCGAUGAACGGCGUCGACAACCGUCAGGUCAAACUGAGUCGCGGUCGAUUUCUCGGCGGAUCAAGUGGAUGCAACGGCACUCUGUGCUUACGGGGUGCCAAACAGGAUUACGAUGAUUGGGGAUUAGAGGGAUGGAGUGGCGAGGAGUUCUUCGCUGCCAUGAGAAAGGCAGAAACCUUCCAUACCAAGCCCUGGUUCAAGGCCGACGAGGAGAGCCACGGAUACUCUGGUCCUCUGCACACCGAACCUCACGAUCUUGCUCCGAUUGCCAACCUCUUGAUGGACUCGUUUGUCUCGCAGGGCCUUCCCCUCCACCACGACAUGUUCAGCACGGGAGUUAUCCCCCAUGGAUGUGGCCAUGCGCCUCGGACAGUGUACAAGGGCAUCCGCACGACGGCGGCGGACUUUAUCACAAAGGAAUUUCACCGCAACAACAUCACCAUCCAGACAGACACCACCGUCGACCGCAUCGUGCUCGAACAAUCGGGCGAGGGAUUGCGCGCCACAAGCGUUAUAACCAAGCUGGCGGACGGCACCUCGCGCACUUUCCACGCGCGCAAGGAGAUCGUGGUCUCCAGCGGCGCAUACUGCAGUCCCGCCAUCCUCAUGCGCUCUGGAAUCGGCGCGCGCGAUGAGCUGGCGAAGCACGGCAUCCCCUGCCAGGUCGACCUCCCCGGCGUCGGCAAGAACCUCAUGGAUCAUCUGAUCGUCUUCAUGUUCUACGAGACCGAAAAGGAAGGCCUCACGACGGACUUCAACGUCUACCACGACGACAACCUCGCCAAAACCUACCAGCAAUGGAAAGACCACAAGACCGGCUUCCUCUCCACCUUCCCCUUCGGCAGCUUCGCCUUCGCCCGCAUCGACGACCGCCUCAAGGACGAGCCGCUGUGGCGCGACGCCCCCCGCGAGCCCGGCCGCGACCCCAUGGGCCUGACCCCGCGCCAGCCCAACAUCGAGUUCUUCACAACGGAAUGCUACGGCGGGCCGAAGCAGUACAACCAAUUUCCCAUCGGCCACAAGCACGCGUUCUCCAUGAUUGCGGAGCUGUUCGCGCCUAAGUCUCGCGGUACGGUGACGCUGCAGUCUGCGGAUCCGCUGGAGAACCCCGUCGUCGACUGCAACUAUCUGGCCGAUCCGAUGGACAUGCUGGUGCUGAGCGAGGCAUGCCGGUUCGGAAACGAGAUCGUCAUGAAUGGCGCGGGGACGAAGGAUAUCGUCAAGGGAUCGUGGCCGCCGAAUCUCUCGCACCACAAGUACACGACGCGCGAGGAGUGGAUCCCGUAUGUCAAGGAGCAUGCGACGACUUGCUACCAUGCGUCCGGGACCUGUGCGAUGGGCAAGGACGAUAACCCGAUGGCGGUGCUGGACAACGAGCUGCGUGUCAAGGGCGUGGCUGGCCUGAGAGUCGCGGACUGCAGUGUCAUGCCGACUCUGCAUGGAGGACAUACUCAGAUGCCGGCGUAUGGCAUUGGCGAGCGGUGCGCCGACUUGAUCAAGGAGACCUGGUAG